CCAUGGAUGAGAGCAGAAAUGAUGAUGAAAUGCUGGUGAACAUAAAUGAUAUUUUCCUCACAAGAAAAGAGAUGAGAACAAUCUCUUACAAUCAUUGGAUAUCAAAUAUGGUGGUUGAAGUCUAUUGCCAAAUGCUCCAGCUGAAACAAAAGCGUAGAGGAACCAAAUUUUUCUUUCCGCCUUCGAUUGGGAUUGAACUUUCCAAGAUACCUUCAAAAGUGGUUGAUAGGAAAGGUAAAAUACAAGCAGUUUGGAACAAGUAUAAAAGGAUAAGGAAUGUCGAUGAUAACAAAGUUUGCCAAUUCAAUAUGCUUUUCUUUCCAAUACUUGUAAAUGAGAAACAUUGGUGCUUGUAUGUCUUUAACAUUUGCGAUAGUCGUAUGGAUGUGUUGGAUUCAAUGAAGCAAUGUUCGCAUGAUAAGCGUACUCCAGACAAGAUGUCAAAAGAUUUGGUAAUGUUGGUUGAGGUAUUCACCGGAAGAGAUCUACAAAACUUCAUAUACAAUGUGCCCAACGUACCUCAACAGCCCGAUAGUCUUUUAUUCAGUGAUAGUUGUGGUGCUUUCAUGUUGGACUUCAUGGAGAAAUGGGAUGGUUCACUCAGUCACCCAAAAGAGAAGGUGGAUGUUGAUAGAUUACGUGCAAUUAUUGCUUCAAAUUUGCUUUCAGAUGACAAUAACAAAAUGAAGGAUUUUGUAAAGAACAAAGCACUUUAUCCAUUUGGUUAAGCAUGUUGAUUUCAAGUAAGCUUCCAUCAGCUUACUUGUGGUUAGUAAUUUUUUUUAUUUUUUUUAUUUUUAUGAUUCUAACAUCACCUCCAUCAGCCAACAAGGUACCAUUUACCUCAAGGAACCUCACAUACCAGUAUUUGCCCAGUUGGAAGCUAGAGGAAGUGGGAUAGGACGAUCGUUGAAUUUUCUAAAAAGUGGUACCUGAAAUGAUGUGGGAUAUGGGACAUUUGUAUUGUUGAAUAGUGUCAUUUUUUUUUUCAUGUAUUUUGCACUCUGUUGGUGUUAGCUAUUUUUAAAGUUUUAAAGAAUAGUAGCUUUGCAACUUUUGAUUGUGGAUUAGGUUGGUAUAUUUUUGCAACUAUUGUAUGGCUUAUUAUAUUGGCAUCUACCUUACAUGAAAUCAA